AUGUCGCUGCCACCCGACUACUCCAACGAGAUCAGCGCGCUCGAUCGCGAAGUCCUCAAGCACCAGCCCCAGGACGUCCUGCAGUUUUGCGCCAACUUCUUCCUGCGCCGCCUCGAGUCGCAGCGCGCCGAGUUCCUGCUGAGCCAGGAGCACUCCGUGCGCGCCAAACUCGGCGGGGGCCUGACGGCGGAGAACAGCUUCCCGGGCAGCAAUCCCUUCAGAAGCACCUCGCCCGCCCGCUCCAGCACCCCGCUGGGCAUGCAAAGUGUUGAGGAGGAGGACGAGAACGACCUCGUGGCCUCGCCGACCGCUUCGUCAUUCCCCCGCUCCAUCAACAGCAACAUGGACCAGGGCCCCACCGCCGUGCAGCAGGACUCGGCCUCGACGUUUGGCAACUUUGGCAACUUUGGCAACUUCGGCAGCAGCUUCGGCCAGGGCGGCUUCAUGAUGUCCACCAGCCCGACCCCCUCCAACUCCGGCUUUUCCGCAAUGGACAACCAGAGCUUCCCCAACAACUACAACAUGGGCCGCCGCACGUCCGUGUCCGCCGAGUCGCUCAACCCCACCUCUGCCCUGCACGAGAACUGGUCGCCGCCCUACCACCCCAAGACCGACGACCAGCAGCAGCGCCUGCGAAACGCCGUGGCCGGCAACUUCCUCUUCUCGCACCUCGAUGACGAACAAACCACGCAGGUCCUGGGCGCUCUCCAGGAGAAGCCCAUCCCCACCAAGGGCAUCAAAGUCAUCGUGCAGGGAGAUGUUGGCGACUACUUCUACGUGGUCGAGUCGGGCCACUUCGACUACUACGUGAGCGACACCGGCAAGCUCGAGGCCGGCCUUGAGGGUAUUGGCCACAAGGUCGGCAGCGCCGGCCCCGGAGCCUCCUUCGGCGAGCUGGCCCUCAUGUACAACGCGCCUCGCGCUGCCACCGUCAUCUCCUCCGAGCCCUCGACUCUGUGGGCACUCGACCGUGUCACCUUCCGCCGCAUCCUGAUGGACAGCGCCUUCCAACGGAGACGCAUGUACGAAGGCUUCCUCGAGGAAGUCCCGCUCCUCUCCUCGCUCACGUCGUACGAACGCUCCAAGAUCGCGGAUGCUCUCGAGACGAAGAAGUACCCCGCCGGCACGACCAUCAUACAGGAGGGUGACGCGGGCGAGUCGUUCUACAUUUUGGAGUCCGGCGAUGCUCAGGUGUACAAGCGUGGCUUUGACAAGCCCGUCAAGCGCUACUCGAAGGGCGACUACUUCGGUGAGCUGGCCCUGCUCAACGAUGCUCCCCGUGCGGCGUCUGUCGUGAGCGCGUCGGAGAUCAAGGUUGCAACGCUCGGCAAGGACGGAUUCCAGAGGUUGUUGGGCCCCGUGGAGGGCAUCAUGCGCCGGAAUGACCCGAGCAAGCUUCCCAUCGUCUUCGACGAGGCGGAUCCGCUGUCAGAACAGCGCUUCGGAUCGGAGCCAAUGACGACAUCGGCAUAA